ACUGUUCUCCCCUCUCUCCUCUCUCUCUCAAACCGACGCAGCCCACGGGUUCUUGCGUUCUCUGAACCUGAAGAGGAAGGAGGGAGAGAGCGAGGGAGCCCGGUUUCGGUUUGCGGCGGCGCACCACACACGCCUCUGAUCGGAGCAUCGCUGGUAGAUACAAGUUGCGGAGCUCUACAAGAAGAGGUACCUCGGCGAGCCCGGGUCCAAGAAGUGGAUACUCGCCAUGGACGGCGGUGAGAGGCCGGCGGCGAGCCAGAAGAGGCCAUUCCCCCCGGACGGCGAGCUCGUGGAGCUGCUGUGGCAGGACGGCGCCGUCGUGGCGCACUCGCAGGCGCAGCGGGCCUUCGCCGGCGGCGACACGGGCGCGAGCGGCGUCACCGGGGAGCCGCUGCCGGUGUGGCUCCCGUGCGGCGGCGGCGAGGGCGGCGGGGACGUGUACUCGCAGCUCUGGCAGAGCAUCGUGCGGGCCGACGGGCCCCGGCCCCGGCCGCCCGCCAGGAGCGGGAACAGCGGCGCCGGGUCGAGCCGGACGGCCGGCGGCGAGGUGGGGUCCAGCUUCUGCGGCAGCAACCUCGUGGCGGCGGCGCUGCACCUGGACGACGACAUCGACGACGUAGCGGCGCUGCCGCCGCCGCCGCCACCGGACGAGCCGGGCGCGGGCGCGGGCGCGUCCACGUCCAGCGGCUGGAACAGCAAUGCGCUGCUCAAGAGGAGCAGGGACGAGUUCGAUAGCCGCGACGAGGACGCCGACUUCGACACCGUCGACGAGACGCCGCCGUCGAGAAGGCCGGCGUCCAAGCGCAGGACGCGCGCCGCCGAGGUCCACAACAUGUCGGAGCGGAGGAGAAGGGACCGGAUCAACGAAAAGAUGAGAGCUUUGCAAGAACUGGUGCCCCACUGCAGCAAGACCGACAAGGCGUCGAUACUAGAUGAGGCAAUUGAGUACCUGAAGUCCCUCCAAAUGCAAGUUCAGAUCAUGUGGAUGAGUACUGGGAUGGCGCCGAUGAUGCUCCCGGGUGCUCACCAACUCAUGCCUCCGAUAAGCAUGGGCUUGAGUUCAGCUUGUAUGCCACCUGCGGCGCAGUUCCUCAGUCAGAUGCAAAGAGUACCACCCUUCAUGAGCAACCCGUUGCCGAACCAAAUGCCUCAGAUCUCAUCUGCAGCUACCAAUGCACCCAAUGUGACAAACCAAGUUCCAAGCAACCGCAUGGCCCAGCCGAGAAAUCCCUUUCUUCAUCCUAAUGAUGCACUGACAUCAACACCUCAGGUGCCAAGUUUAUUUGGCUAUGGACCACAGAUGGCACAACAGAACGAGAUUCAAGAGUUACUGGCUUGCACCGCCCCUCCAGCUUUAGGGGUCGAGCCACCGUCUUCCUCUGACGCAACCGGAACGUAACACUAACACCACCACAGUCCAGUAAGAUGUUUUACAGUGAUCAACCGGCAAGCAGCUAGGGGGAAUGAACAGAAGAAGUCAAUGCAGGUGGUCCUGCAAGAAUCAAUUGGAUACUAAGAUGCAGUGUGCUGUAAGGCCAUGGGCAGAUCAUGCAACCUUGAGAUUUUUGGGAACCUCUGAGCAUCCAACACGUAUGCGCGGUGGCACUGUGCCGACAUGAUACGGUUCUUAUCUGAAGAAUAGUCUUGGAGGCUUGAACAUCACCUUUCUGUUUGUGGAAGGAUUUGGUCUACAUGAGACGAACUUGGCGAGGCCAUCAGGAGAUGUGCUCCUGCUGAUGCUUUGGACAUGGAGGUGACAUGCUGGAUUGGUAGCAUCUCAGAAGCACAAGGAUACAAAGAAUCGACGUUCUUUUCCCUCCUUUUCGCUGAUGUUACACCACUGUUACAUUGUGCCUGAUGAGUGCAUCUGGUGAGCUCUUGAGGGUUCUUUUCCAACUUUUACUCCAGCUACUGGUGCUUCAAUUGGGUGGCCUCAAGGAACAUGAUAAUGUUUGCAAGGGUAAGAAUUAUCCUUUGCUGUUAGGGCACAUGGCAUGGCUGCAGGGUUUCAUUUCAUUUACUGGGAUCCGAUGAACUUGGGCACCAGCUGUAAUUAGAUUUCACUAGAGUUUGAUGCUCAGAUUUAUGAAAUCAAUAUCUGAAUCUGAGCAUUUUUUUUUCUGAAUCUGGAGAAAUUUAUGCAAACCAAAAUCUGUUCCAAUUUCCUUUUGCUUGUACGGAUAUUUUAUUCUACUGGGCGGGACACUUGCGGAGAUCGAACAAAA